GUUUCAGCGUAAGCCAUUCUUAUCAUAUAGUCCGAAAGACGUCGAUGGACACAGUCAGCCCUCUUCUCCUUCGUUUGACCAUGUAUGAAGUAUGAACCUGUCUAAAAUAAUCCUUGGUUCCUUCUCCCACCUUUUUUCUUAUUGUAGAACUUCAACCUUAUUACCUGAGCGGAUGUUGUUUAGUUCCACAAGAAACGUUAAAGGAAUAUGGAUGCCCUGGCAACUCAAAAUUCUUUUAUUAAAAUUUAAAACCUUGUUUUUACAAAGACAAACAUAAACCCUAACGUAAACCCCAGUUGAAAAUACCUUUUCCAUAGUAGAUAUCAACAUCAAAAAAGAAAAACCCAAAUGAUUGACUAUUUGACUCAGACGUCUCAACCGCUCUAAGUUGCCGGCUACGUCUCCAAUUUCCCAUAGUUCAUACUUAGGCCGGCGGCUUCUACGAAAGCGGUUAUUAUUUCGUUAAAAUCAAACUCCCUUCCUUCUUAUUAGUAAUUUGACAUUCAUACAAACAUUGCCUUCUCUUUCUAUCCUUCCCCCGAUUCAUUCAACUCCCACCCACCCCGAAGUCCAAAACAAGAACGACAUUGGAAAGGCUACAUAGAAGGAGGAAAAUGAAACACACGGAAUGUCAUCUCUUCGCAGCAGCGAUUCUUCUGUCUCUGUUAUCGACGUCCGUCUCCGGCUUCCCGUUCUUCUUCCCUAACGCCUCCUCCGUACCGCCGUGGUUUACUCCGAACACCACACCCCCAGCAUGGCAGUCCUUCCAUAAAUUCGCCGGAUGUCGCAACGGAGAACAAGUCGACGGCUUGGGCAAACUGAAGGAGUACUUCCAUCAUUUCGGUUACAUCCCCGACUCACCCUCCAACUUCACCGACGACUUCGACGACACCAUGGAAUCCGCCCUCAAAAAAUAUCAACAGAAUUUCAAUCUUAAUGCCACGGGAGUCCUCGAUAAUAGUACGAUACAGCAGCUAAUCCGACCCAGAUGCGGUGUCGCAGACAUAAUCAACGGCACAAAUACGAUGAGCUCGGGGAAGUCGGCCGCCUCCACUCAUAGCUUGCACACCGUUGGCCACUACACAUUCUUCCCUCACCAGCCCACUUGGCCCUCUUCAAGGCUCGACCUCACAUAUGGUUUCUUACCUGAUAACCAGUUAUCAGAUACUGUUAAAGCUGUGUUUGCCAAGGCAUUCGCCCGGUGGGCCGCUGUGACACCGUUAACCUUCACGAUGACCGAUAGUUACUCGAUGGCAGAUAUAAAAAUCGCAUUCUAUACAGGGGAUCACAGCGACGGCGAGCCUUUUGACGGGGUCCUAGGAACGUUGGCUCAUGCGUUUUCGCCAACAGACGGACGGUUCCAUUUAGACGGAGCUGAGAAUUGGGUAGUGGAUGACGCCAGUAAGUCAUCCAUAUCAUCGGCGGUGGACCUAGAAUCGGUUGCUGUGCACGAGAUAGGGCACCUGCUGGGACUGGGACACUCUUCCUACGGAGAUGCAAUCAUGUACCCGACGAUCUCAUCGGGGACGAAGAAGGUCGAGCUCUGGAGCGAUGAUAUUGAGGGAAUCCAGCUGCUGUACGGGACGAAUCCCAACACCAACAUUACUUCAUCAACGGCGUCCAGUCGGGAAACGGGGUCGGGGUCCAGCAAUGGUGGGGUCCAUGGAGUGGGCCGCUGUUGGGGCCUCGUGAUUAUCAUGGCCCUAUUUUCUCUUCUGUUGACAUUGUAAAUACUAAAUACAGUAUUAUUUUUUUUAUUAUUUAUUUGUAUUUUACAUUUUGUUCAUCUGAUAUACUGAUCUACUACAUAUAUUAGGAUGCCAUUA